AUGCAACCCAAGUCAAUAACCCUCUUGCAGAAAAUAGACUCGAUAGUAGAACAACUACUAGUUAAAUUUCAAGACAUGUUCGAAGUGUUGAAAAACGACUCCAAGCCAAAAGAACUCCUAGCCGUCGAAUCGCUCACUAUUGAAAACGACGCUGUGCAAAUUAUCAAACUAUGUCAAGAUAUGUUGUCGAUACUGCGAAGUUUGAAAGAGACGUGGAUUUUGCAGACUUUGAAAGUUGCUCACGCUGGCCCACAGUCGAACGAAGAGCAGGAUUUCGAUGCUGUUUUUGAGAUGUUUAAUGAGUUGACGGAGAAAAUUGCAAAAUUCGACACGCCGCCUUUACCUUGCUAG